AUGAAAUCACUAACUUUGAAAGAGGCCCUGACACAACUGAGAAAAGGCUCAUUGACUGCUCAGGAAGUGUGCCAUAACUGUUUGCAGAAAUUGAAGUAUACCAGGAAUUUAAAUAUUUAUGUCACAGAAGUUCAGCAAGACUCUAUAUUAAAUGCUGCAGAGUCGUCAGCACAGGCAUACAGGCAAGGUUCCGCAAAAUUGUUACAGGGCAUACCUAUAGCUUUCAAGGAUAAUUUCUGCACUAAAGGGAUCAGCACUACCUGUGGUUCGAAGAUGUUGCUGAACUAUAAGCCACCAUAUAAUGCAACAAUGGUUUCCAAGUGUAUGAGCGAGGGGGCCAUCAUCAUGGGAAAAACAAAUCUGGAUGAGUUUGGAAUGGGAUCAGGUAGCCUUGACAGUUGCAUUGGACCAGUUAUUAACCCUUGGAAUCUAGUUGUCUCAAAUCAAACCAGUGUGCCGGACAGUGUUUCCUCAGAAUUAAACGGUGAGCAAGGUCUAUCUCCAAGAGAACAGUGUAAGGUGGAAGAUACGGACUGGUACAUAUGUGGAGGCAGCUCAGGUGGAAGUGCUGCAGCUGUUGCAGCAGGGACCUGCCUUGGAUCUUUUGGAUCAGACACUGGGGGGUCAACCAGAAAUCCUGCCAGCUAUUGUGGAGUUGUGGGACUGAAACCAACCUAUGGGUUACUGUCAAGACAUGGGCUUAUUCCUUUAGUCAAUUCCAUGGAUGUUCCUGGGAUUUUAGCAAGAACGGUGGAAGACUGCACAAUCAUUCUGAACGCUGCUGCAGGACAUGAUGUCAGUGAUUCUACCACAGUUACUGAAUCUUAUGUUCCGUUUACAGUCAGAGAGGACAUUGAUCUUUCAAAAUUACAUAUUGGCAUACCAAAGGAAUUUCACGCACCAGGUAUGUCAGAAGAGGUACUCAGUUUGUGGAAAGAAACAGCAGACUGUCUGGAGAGAGAAGGAGCUAAAGUAUCCCAGGUUUCAUUGCCACAUGCUCAGCAGUGUAUCAUCUGUUACCAUGUUUUGUGCUGUUGUGAAGUUGCUUCCAAUUUUUCCAGAUACGAUGGAAUUGAGUUUGGUCUCAGAUGUGGAAGUGAGGAGUCUACAGAAGAACUGUAUGCUGAAAGUCGACAUAAAGGCUUCAAUGAUGUUGUUAGAGGACGAAUACUUGCUGGCAAUUAUUUUUUGCUGAAGAGAAAUUAUGAGAAAUAUUUUCUGAAAGCUCAACGAGUUCGGCGGCUCAUAAGCAAUGAUUUUAAGAAUGCAUUCUCCAGUGGCAUUGAUCUUCUGUUAACACCUACAACACUGACCGAAGCACCAUUGGUCAGUUGGUUUACCAAAGCAGAUAACAGAACGAGAUGCGAGGAACAAGAUAUCUUCACAACACCUGCAAACAUGGCUGGUGUUCCUGCACUCAGCUUGCCCCUCAAACUGUCAUCUAAUGGGCUGCCUCUCAGUUUACAGCUGAUUGGACCCCACUUCAGCGAGUCCAUGAUGCUUUCUGUGGGACACUGGUUGGAAGACAGAGCAGCUUUUCCUCAUUUAAAUCUCCACCUACUUGAAUCUGAUACUGGAGAGCUAACUUCCAGAAGUCUUUGGACAUUAUGA